GUGAGACUAGCAAAAGUUAAACUGACAUCCAAGCGAGAGACUGCGAACAGCGAAAUGGCGAAUAGGGAACUGCAGCUGAAUUCGGGCAUGAGGUGCGCCAAGUACAUGCUCAUCAUCGUGAGCUUCAUGUUUGCGCUGACCGCCAUCCUCCUGAUUAUGGUGGGAACUACGAUCCAGACCAUCUUCGGCGACUUCAGCCUCUUCAUCGAUGGACACUUCUCGUCGCCACCGGCACUCCUCAUUGCCAUCGGAUUCAUUCUGAUCGCAGUGGCCACCCUGGGGGCCUAUGGAGCCGUCAAGGAGAGUGUGAUGGUCAUUAAUCUGUACGGAGUGUGCCUGUUCCUGGUGUUCAUCCUCGAGGUUUCUGCCGCCAUCGCCGCCUUCGUGAUGCAAUCGCAGGUGAGGGGCAUGCUGAUCCGAACCAUGAACCAAGCCCUGGCUGAGUACGAGCACGAUCCCUACGUGGAAUCUGGAGUGGACUUCAUGCAAUCUAUGCUUGAGUGCUGCGGAGUUAAUGAGCCGGAGGACUGGAAGGACUACCUAUCCGCCAAUGUGAACAUCACUCUGGGAGUCGAUGACGUGGUGGUGCCCAACUCAUGCUGCGGCAACCAACCCAAAAGUCUGAACGACUCCACCCAGAUGACCUGUAUGGAGACCUACGACUACGGCUGCUUCCGCAAGAUGAACUUCAUUGUGUCGCAGAGCGCCAUGCUGAUUGCCACCGGAGCCACCACUGUGGCCUUUGUCCAGCUCCUCGGCGUCCUCUGCGCCUUCAUGCUGGCCAAGACGCUGCGCCGCAACAAGUCCAUCCGCGAGGCCCGCCGCUGGCAGCUGCAGCAGAGCCUCGGCGUCCUCAUCUCCGGCGGAAAGAUGGCUCCGCCCCAGAAUUCCGCUGUCACCGGCUAUCAGCAGUUGGACAACGGAGAGCAGGGCUCCCACGAACCCUACACCUACACGCCCCAGAGUCCCAGCGUUAACUAGGCGGCGACAUCGAUCAAAGCCAUAUUUAUACCGUAUAGCAUUCCCAAAGAGAUCCCCUUGUAAAUGUAACUCUUUAAUUUGUUAACUAAACAUAUAGUAAAACGAAAUAAACGCGGUAGUCCUAUACUACCUGCUAAAAGGUA